AACAUAUUUUAUUCUUGGCCGAUUUAAACUGUGCUGAUGUUGUGAAUUCGUUGAAAAAGUACGAGGAAGCAAAAAUGUUCCGAUCGCCUUUUCGUUGGAUACUUAUCGAUAAAUUUCGAAAUGAUACGGACAAUCAAAGUAUGAUACAAGAAAGUAUUACACAUUUAAACAUUCUCGUCGACGCUGAGGUUUUCCUUAUUCGGGAAAUUGAAAAUAAUUAUUAUGUAAUAUAUCGCAUUUACAAAAUUGGUCCGGAAUCUGGAUGGAUAACUGAAUUUUACAACUACUGGAACAGCAGCAUUGGAUUCCAAAAGUUCGUUAAUCCAACUGAAGUAACAGCGUUGAAGAGAAUGAAUUUAUAUGGCUACGAAUUAAAAAUUUGUUACGUGCUGACUGAUAACGAUAGCAUUAAUCAUUUGACAGAUGAAGUGAACGACCAUAUAGACACUAUUACAAAAGUAAAUUUUCCGACGACAAACCAACUCGUGGAUUUCCUCAACGCAAGCAGGAAAUACAUCUUUACUGACACAUGGGGCUAUAAUCAUAACAACACAUGGAAUGGUAUGACAGGGUAUUUGAAGAGAGAGGAAGUGGAUAUAGGAGGAUCGCCAAUGUUUCUUACUUCGGAACGUCUAUCGAUCGUCGAGUACAUCUCCAGUCCAACACCAACUCGCUCCAAAUUCGUUUUUCAGCAACCCAAACUUUCAUACGAAAAUAAUUUAUUCGUUUUAUCUUUCAAUUCUUCAUUAUGGUAUGGCUCUAUUGCCUUAAUUUGUCUACUAUAUUUGGUUAUAUGCUUAGUUACUAUUUGGGAAUGGAAAAAGAAAAAAUCUACUAAAACGAAGAUACAAAGUGGAGUUUUGAGACCGAAUGUAAUUGAUGUAGCUCUCUUCAUAUUUGGCGCUGCGUGUCAACAAGGAAGCACAGUUGAAUUAAAAGGAGCUCUCGGUCGUAUGGUGUUGCUAUUACUCUUCGUGACGCUAACAUUUCUGUACACUUCAUACUCUGCAAAUAUCGUCGCCUUACUACAGUCCAGCUCUUCACAAAUCAGAACUUUAGAAGACUUACUGCAUUCGAGGGUUAAGUUUGGAGUUCAUGAUACUGUUUUCAAUAGACAUUACUUUACGUAUUUUUUUACAACUGAACUUCAGAUGGAGACCGAACCCAUACGUAAGGCUAUCUAUGAAACUAAAGUCGCUCCUCCAGGAACGAAACCCCAUUUUAUAACUAUGGAAAAAGGAGUAAAAGAAAUGAAAAAGGGGCUGUUCGCUUUUCACAUGGAAACAGGUGUCGGGUACAAAUUUGUCGGAAAAUACUUCGAGGAGGGAGAAAAAUGUGGUCUUAAAGAAAUUCAAUAUUUACGUGUAAUCGACCCAUGGCUUGCGGUUAGAAAAGACACACAAUUCAUAGAAAUGUUCAAAAUUGGAACAAAACGUCUUCAAGAACAUGGCCUGCAGCAGAGAGAAAAUCAUCUAUUAUACGAAAAGCACCCUAAGUGCGUCGGAAGACAGGCCAAUUUCGUAUCCCAAAGAAGAUGAAGCUUAUCAAUGAAUUGAACUAUGUGGGGUCCAAAAAACCAAUACAAUUUGCAGAUAAUUUUGGCAACAUAAGGAUUAACGCAAUACAAAAUUUAAUAAUAUUUACCGAUUUAAAUUGCCCAAAUAGUAGUCACUUUAUGGAACAAG